GGAAUGCACCACAAGACAUAAUGUGUAAUCAUAUUCCACAGGAUUCUUUAGAAGGCAAUUGGAAUGUGCUUUAAGAAAACUCAUUUGCAAAUGCAUGUAGGGAUAACAGCAGUUGUGACACAGUAGGUGUAAGAGCCCACUGUAUUGUAAGUUUCUGUUGUAACUUUCAAUGAUUCAAUGAUCUGAUACAGUGUUGUUGACGCAUUUCCUUUCCAUCCGAAGAGGAAAAGACGAUGGAUGUGUCCUCGGUUGGUUUUAUCCUUUAAUGGGCAAGUUCAUUCUCAUUGGCCUGUUACUAGGCGGCACUCUAAUGCUGUCACAUCAUAACAUCUAUAUGUUAUUUAGAAGGAAGAGUCAACUCUGUUUAAACUGUUUUCAAGCACUUAAUUGCCGCCUCAACCGGGUUUUUGGCAGGUGUUCGAAGCAGAGCCCGGCAUUUGUUCACAGCAUUCGGUUAACGCUCAAUUCCCGGCGCAGGAAUCGAGUGCCGGGACGAUGCUGCGGUCCUUUCUGACUCUAACUGCACUGCAGCUUCUGAAAUGCAGAACUGGGAGCAGUCAGGCUGAUCCAUCAGAGGCUGUGAAACUGAGACUGGCGAAUGGGGGCAGUCGGUGCGCAGGAAGAGUGGAGAUUCACUACAGGGGGCAAUGGGGGACUGUGUAUGGUAGCGAUUGGGACCUGCAGGACGCCGCUGUUGUGUGUCGGGAGCUGGGCUGCGGGACCGCGGUCUCUGCACCGGGCAGUGCUCACUUUGGGGAAGGCUCCGGACCCGUUGUGACAGAAGAUGUUCAGUGCAGCGGGAACGAGGCCGCCCUGCGAGACUGUAAAUCAGCUUCCUGGGAUCACUAUUCCUGGCCACACAGCGCUGAUGCCAGCGCGAUCUGCUCAGAUCACAGGUUUCCCAGACUGGUAUCCGUGGAUUCCCAAUGCUCGGGCAGACUGGAAAUACAGUUCGGCACAACCUGGGGAACAGUGUGUGAUCUUCACUGGGAUUGGAAUGACGCCAGUGUGGUUUGUCAACAGCUUCAGUGUGGAGUCGCUGUGUCUGUGGGAAAAGGGGCUUAUUUUGGAGAGGGCACUGGACUUCUACGGAGCGAUAAAUUUGAUUGUAAAGGCAAUGAAACAAGCCUAACAGACUGCCCUAUCUCUCCAGUAAAUCAAAACGUGUGCACCCACAUGAACGAUGUCGGUGUGAGCUGUUCCGGGAAGCAUGGACCCCGAUUGGUUGGUGGUGAGGAGAGGUGUUCCGGCCGGGUGGAAGUGCUGCACGGAGAGCAGUGGGGGACGCUGUGUGAUAUUCACUUUGGUUUAGAAGACGCCAGUGUGGUGUGUGAGCACCUUCAGUGCGGGGCUGUAAAGGAAAUCCCCAGAAACUCUCCCUUUGGGCAGGGAACAGGCCCCGUGUGGAAGGAAAAUUACAGGUGCCGCGGGAAUGAAUCGCGAGUGACAGAGUGUCCGGUUACAUCCGGGGAAAAUUUUAACUGCUCACAUGGAAAUGUCGCCAGUGUCAUCUGUUCAGGUGAGACCUCUCAGUCGAUGUAA